AUGCCCGGCUCACACUCUCAUUUGCUCCUCCUCGCCCUCCUCUUCGCCCUCCUAUCUCUGCUCCAGGAUGUCGUUCUCGCCCUACCACUCAACGCACCCCUGCUGCCGAGCUACGACUACAUCGUGGUAGGCGGCGGUCCAGCUGGCCUCACAGUAGCAAAUCGCCUAUCGGAAGACCCCAGCGUGACCGUCCUUCUCCUCGAAGCGGGCCCGGCAUCCGACAACUCCCCCGAAACCGAACUGCCAGGGCUAAUAGGUGACGACAUCGGGGGGCCCUACGACUGGAACCUCUCCACCGUCCCUCAGAUCUACCUCGACGGUGCUCCGCGGAGUAUACCCCAAGGCCACGUUCUUGGCGGGGGCACAAUCAUCAACGGCAUGCUCUGGAACCGCGGCGGACAAGGCGAUUACGCGGAUUGGGUGGCGUUAGGCAACGAAGGCUGGAGCUGGGAUGAUCUGCUGCCGUACUUUAUGCGCAGCGAGACGUUCACGCCUGGAGCCAAUGCGGAGCUCGCGGCGCAGUUUUCCAUCCAGGAGUACGCGCCUGUGCAUGGCUUUUCCGGGCCCGUGAAUGUCAGCUAUCCGCGCUAUUUCUGGAAUUCGAGCGCGGUGCUGUUCAGCGCGCUCAAUGAAGCGGGCGUGCCGACUGCUUUUGAUCCGAACACUGGUUGGGUUGCGGGUGCUUCGUUUCUGCCGCUGGAUUUGGAUCCGGUGACGGAAGAGCGGUCGGACGCGGCGAAGGCGUACUACUUUCCGUAUGCGGGGAGGUCGAACCUGUGGGUUAGUACGGGACUGGUGGUGACGCAGAUUCUUUUUCAACCUGCACCCAACCUGGUGGCGACUGGAGUCGAAUUCGCCGCGAAUGCGCACAGCGAAAGACAAAGCGUGUCUGCCAACCGAGAAGUCAUCGUAGCUGCCGGUGCAUUGCAUUCGCCCCAGUUGCUUCUGUUGUCUGGCAUCGGUCCGGCGGCGGCUCUCCAAGAUCUGGAUAUUCCCGUCAACACGGACCUCCCAGGAGUCGGAGGGAAUCUUCAGGACCACGGUCGCGUCUGGUGCUGGUAUCCCUACACCAACGCCUCCUUCCCCAACCCCACCGAGCUCACGAACAACAUCACCUUCGCCACCGACGCCCUCACCGAGUACUGGGAGAACCGCACAGGGCCAUACACGGCAGCAGCAGUCGACGGCGUCGCUUUUCCCUCCCUCCCGGCUCUAAACAAUGGCUCUAAUGCCCUCUCUUCCACCGCGUCGGCACAAUCAACGUCCCAAUACCUGCCAUCCAACCUCGACUCAUCCAUGCUAGCCGGCUACGCAGCACAGCACACCCUCCUAACAUCCGCUCUCUCAGACUCCACCCGCGCCGUAUCUGAAAUCCUCAACGGAAACGACGGCGUGCUAAGCGUGGCAAACAUGCGACCCUUCUCGCGGGGCAGCGUGACGCUCAAUUCCUCCGAUCCCUUCACCCCACCCAUCAUCGAUCCCCGCUACGGCAGUAACCCGCUUGACAUCUCCAUUCUGCAGGCCGCGAUAGCCUUCAACACACGCCUACUUUCAACCCCAAGCCUGUCGACUCUUGAGCCGGUGCAAGUAUAUCCUCAGCCAGGUGCCACUGAGGCGCAGGUGGAGACGUGGAUCGACACCAAGUUGCAGACGGAGUACCAUCCUGCGGGCACGUGUGCUAUGAUGCCGUUCGAGUUGGGCGGGGUGGUGAGUCCGGAGUUGCUGGUGUACGGAACGCGCAAUCUGCGAGUGGUGGACUCGAGUGUGAUGCCAAUGUUGCCGGCAGCGCAUUUGCAGGCGGUGGUUUAUGGGGUGGCGGAGAAGGUGCGUUCUGCUCUCACUGAAAUUCUGUGCCUUUGA